UGUAGCACUUGUCCCUGGGGCUCUUGAUUUCCUUGAUUUGAUUGUUUGUGUUGCCUUUGGCAGGUGAAGAAGUGGGGAGUAGGAGAGAAGGGCCCCACUCUGGACAGCUGCACCCAGUGGCUGAAGCAGGAAUCACGCACCCUUCUGCCUCACCCACUCCAGAAGCUUCUCUCCAAGCAGGAGCAGUCAAGCAUACCAGCCCCCUCCCAAAGUGGCUUCCCAAAGCGGGGCACACAGGCCUGACAGCUCAGCAGUGCGAGUGAGGUGACUGCAGCCUGUGGUGAACAUCUGAACUCCUCAGAGGGGUAAUAGGCCCCCCCAACAGAUGCAGCCUGAGUGGCAGGAAUACUGAUUCUUUGGAGAGUGGCUCUCUCUCAGCUCUGUCACGCAAGAGCGCUCUCUGCACUGAGCCAUUCUGCCAAGUGACUUAAAGGGAUUUAAAAAGAAAGAAAGAAAAAAAAAAACCUUGGUAAAGAAAAAGGGGGUAACAGCCCCACAGAGGCAUUUCAGGAGAGGUGUGGCCUCUGGACAAAGGACCAAAGUUACAAAGAGCUGCGGUGGAAGUGGUGGCCGGUGAGAGGCCACACUCCCCGGGGACUGGCACUGGGCUGUGGGGCAUGCCCUGCUCAGGAGUCCCCGGGGGUGCACACAGAAAACAUACCUCUCACUCCAGAGAGCCAAGCCUGCAGUGCCCGUGCCUGGGGUGCCAAAGAUGCCACUUGGGGCCUGCAGCCACAUCUGAAGCCUAACCACAAGAAAGACUUCAAGACCUUCUUAUUCUCUGCGGGCCUCAUUGUUCCUGCUGCCCCGGAGUUGCCGCCUGUGGUUGAGUGGUUCUGAGUUUGUUGGUGGCAUGUGAGCGUGGCCUGGAACUGUGACGCAGUGACCCCAUUGGGACCCAGUGGCUCCAGGGAACAGCAGCAGAGGAGGUAUUGAGGCUCCAGGUUAGGUGGGUCAGACCUCCACCAGCUGUCCACCAUGGUGGUGGCACACCCUACUGCCACCACUACCACCACACCUGCUGCCACCAUCACAGCCACUGUUGUGAUGACCACGGCCACCAUGGACCUGCGGGACUGGCUAUUUCUCUGCUAUGGGCUCAUUGCCUUCCUCACAGAGGUCAUCGAUAGCACCACCUGCCCAUCAGUAUGCCGCUGUGACAAUGGCUUCAUCUACUGCAACGACCGGGGACUCACGUCCAUCCCCUCAGACAUCCCUGAUGAUGCCACCACCCUCUACCUACAGAACAACCAGAUCAACAAUGCAGGCAUUCCUCAGGACCUCAAGACCAAGGUCAAAGUGCAGGUCAUCUACCUGUAUGAGAACGACCUGGAUGAAUUCCCCAUCAACCUGCCCCGCUCCCUGCGAGAGCUACAUCUGCAGGACAACAAUGUGCGCACCAUCGCCAGGGACUCGUUGGCCCGCAUCCCGCUGCUGGAGAGGCUGCACCUGGAUGACAACUCCGUUUCCACCGUCAGCAUCGAGGAGGACGCUUUCGCCGACAGCAAGCAGCUCAAGCUGCUUUUCCUGAGCCGGAACCACCUAAGCAGCAUCCCAUCGGGGCUGCCGCACACACUGGAAGAGCUGCGGCUGGAUGACAACCGCAUCUCCACCAUACCGCUACAUGCGUUCAAGGGGCUCAACAGCCUGCGGCGCCUAGUUCUGGAUGGCAACCUGCUGGCCAACCAGCGCAUUGCUGACGACACCUUCAGCCGCCUGCAGAACCUCACAGAGUUGUCACUGGUGCGCAACUCGCUGGCUGCCCCGCCCCUCAACCUGCCUAGUGCCCACCUGCAGAAGCUCUACUUGCAGGACAAUGCCAUCAGCCACAUCCCCUACAAUACACUGGCCAAGAUGAGGGAGCUGGAGAGGUUGGACUUGUCCAAUAACAACCUCACCACACUGCCUCGAGGCCUGUUUGAUGACCUGGGGAACCUGGCACAGCUGCUUCUCAGGAACAACCCCUGGUUCUGUGGCUGUAACCUCAUGUGGCUUCGGGACUGGGUGAAGGCACGGGCUGCAGUGGUCAAUGUGCGGGGCCUCAUGUGCCAGGGCCCUGAGAAGGUCCGGGGCAUGGCCAUCAAAGAUAUCACCAGCGAGAUGGACGAGUGCUUUGAGGCGGGGUCACAGGGCAGUGCAGCCAAUGCAGCUGCCAAGACCACAGCCAGCAACCACGCCUCUGUCACCACGCCCCAGGGCUCUCUGUUUACUCUCAAGGCCAAGAGGCCAGGACUGCGCCUCCCUGACUCCAACAUUGACUACCCCAUGGGCACCGGUGAUGGUGCCAAGACAUUGGUCAUCCAGGUGAAGCCACUGACAGCAGACUCCAUCCGAAUCACAUGGAAGGCCAUGCUACCUGCCUCCUCUUUCCGGCUCAGUUGGCUACGUCUGGGCCAUAGCCCAGCAGUGGGUUCUAUCACAGAGACCCUGGUGCAGGGGGACAAGACAGAAUACUUGCUGACAGCCCUGGAGCCCAAAUCCACCUACAUCAUCUGCAUGGUCACCAUGGAGACUGGCAACACCUAUGUGGCUGAUGAGACACCUGUGUGUGCCAAGGCAGAGACGGCUGAUAACUACGGCCCUACCACCACACUCAAUCAGGAACAGAAUGCUGGCCCUAUGGCAGGGCUGCCCCUGGCUGGCAUCAUUGGUGGUGCCGUAGCUCUCGUCUUUCUCUUCCUGGUCCUUGGGGCCAUCUGCUGGUAUGUGCACCGGGCUGGUGAGCUGCUGACCCGAGAGAGGGUCUACAACAGGGGCAACAGGAAAAAGGAUGACUACAUGGAGUCAGGGACCAAGAAGGAUAACUCCAUCCUGGAAAUCCGAGGCCCAGGACUGCAGAUGCUACCCAUCAACCCGUACCGCUCCAAAGAGGAGUACGUGGUGCACACCAUCUUCCCCUCCAAUGGCAGCAGCCUCUGCAAGGGUGCCCACACUAUUGGCUACGGCACCACACGGGGCUACCGGGAUGGCGGCAUCCCUGAUGUGGACUACUCCUACACAUGAAGCCGGCCACCCCGGUGUGCUCACAUGGCUCUGUCUAGCCCGCUGCGAUACCAGGAGCCAGGAAGAGAAACUCCACAGUGACUUUCCCAGCAGAAAGCAAAGUUUGGGGAGGGUUGGUGAACACAAUAGUGGGGUAAAAAAAAAAUUAAACACAUAGAAAGCAGAAGGGAAAUUCAACAUUGUUGGAGACAUAAUUCGUAAUUUAUACCAGAUCAUGAGCGUGAAGGGUUGGAUUGGGACUUUUUUCCCCUGAACCAGAUUGAUACUACCUGUACAACAUUCGUGUACACCUCAAGCUCCAUUCAGGGCCAUCAGAGAAACAGGUGACAGAUGGACGUGAUGGCAUGGAGCCCCCACGCAACCCUACUGACUGCUCACACUGACAACUCAAUGAAAGGUUUUGGGGUUUUUCACAAAAGAGCCCAGGGAAGAAGACUUUCUGCUACGGAGAUACUGUCCUGAAACCUCUUCCCUGGUUCUUUCCAUGCUGUUUUCUUUCCAGAUCUGCAGAAAUAUGGCGUCCUCCAUGGUAUUCUUCGAACAAUACCAUAGUCAAUUAAAAGAAAAAAAGAAAAACAGUCAAACUUUUCCUUCCAGUGCCGAGCGCUUCGGUUCCAUUCACCGAACUCCGUCGAAGCUCUGAGGAAAGCCAUAGCUUUCCCUGCCGUGUGGAGGUGCGUCUCUCUGCCCGCCUGUUGCCAUGUCGUGUGUCUCAGUACAGAUGGGUAGACAGAGCUGCGUGUCUGUCCUCUCAGCACCUGUGGGUCAGUCCUUGACAUUUUCUCAGAUGAUAGAAUUGCAAAAAGUUUGCUUUCUCCUAGAAUCAUUAAGUAAGUAAACCAUGUGUGGGAUGAGAGUGAGGUGGAGGGGCGGGGCCUCAGCCCAGGUGGAAGGUAUUGCUGUUUCUUAGAGGCACUGGUAUCAGCCUCCCAGUGGAGUUAGGAAGAAUUGGCUGAGGAUGCUUUGGAGUCCAUCCUAUGUCACCCUGCCCAGAGCCAGGCCACUCUCCUUCCUGCUAUGGAGAAAAGCUUUCCUUCAUGGCCAGUGUCUCCAUCUAUCCUUCCCCCAUAGAUCCUGUCCCCACGGUAGUGUUUACUCUUUUUCCUGGGACAGGUAAUUAGUGCAGGGACUGUUUAUAAAUAUACGUGUCACACACACAUCAGCUGGCUAGACCUAUUGGUUUCCAUGGCUGCUCAAACAAAGCCCAGAAAAAAGAAAAAAAAAUCAGAAAAUCCCUGGGAGACACACACACACAUACACACACACACACACACACACACACACACACACACACACACAUCUCGGCCAUGCCCACACCAGGGGCUCUGUUCUCAAGAGGGAAAAAAUCAGAUUUCUUUGUAAAAUACAUCAACCUCCAAAAGGGUCCUAAGCGGGGCCCUCGGAAGAGCUCAGAUUUUCUCCCCUCCCUGUGGAAUCAAUGUCACUAUCAUUUAUCAACCGACACCACAGUGUGGUGAGCCGUGAGAUUAAAACGAUGGUAAAAUAAUGACAGCAAAUCCAGAAAGGAAGGAAGAGCGGUGCCUGCGGUUCUGAUGUCUGCUUUGCCCUAUACUUGGGGAGCCCGGGUCACCAUCUGUCAAUGUGUUGCUUUGCCCUGCACUGGGGAAAAAAGUCAUCAAAGGAAGACACUGGUCCGAGGGCAGCCGGAUGAGAAGGGGUCCAGCUCCUGAUAGUGGUGUUUUCAAAAGACCUCUGCCAAAGACCUCUGCCACUCUGUUCAAAGCAAAGGCAGGAAGAAGCAGCCAGGCAGCUGCCCGAAGUGUACCUGGGGGGCCAUCCUCUCGCUGGACAUUAAAGAGCCAACUGGUCCUUCAGUGAAGAGAUGAGAUUGAAAGAAAUGGACCCAGCAGGUGCUCCAGAGUAGUGGAAAGGGGCACAGGCUCCUAAUCAGAACCCAAGGGGUCAUCAUACCAAAUGGAGACCCCAGCCCACCAGCCCCAGGGAGUGGCCGAGGGGUAUGGACAUGGAUCAUUCCAAAGGAGACCUCUCUUUCCUCUUCAUCCCAAGUCAUUUUCCCACAUAAUGAGGUCAAGAGAGAAGUUCCUGAGCCUCGGAUUCAGGUCUGUAUAAAUGUGUGUCCUGGAGCUCAGCUGUCCCCGUGGCCCUAAUAACACCCUGGUCUGGCAGCUUAGGCAGGCACGGAGGAACCCAUCUGUGAGGAACAGCUAAUGAAGGAGAGCACAGAUGCUGGGCAGGCUCAUCCACAUUCUCCUUAUCUAUUCCCUGCCCCAGAAGGAUCUGGACACUUUCAUUGGUGGCCAGGAAAACUCUUAGGAAUGGCAGGUGACCUAGACCCUGGGAACUGCCUGGAAGGCCCUACCUGGAGAUUCAGGAACUUGUGGGCCAAAUGCUAGAGCUGCUUGGGCUGUGGUAAGUUUCUUCCCCCACCGCACAGAUAAGCCUGACCGACAGGGGCCUUGGCAGGCACAGGCAGAAUGUCAAAGCUUGAGUGGAGCUCAGUCCACAUGACACGCAGUUGGAGAAUCCAGGGCUGGCAUUGCCCCCUAAGGAGCACUAAAUGCUGGUCAGGGUGAGCACUGCCCAGCCAUGGCCCUGCAGCCCCUGAGAGCCCGCCCUAUGUCAUUUCUGUCUCUUUGUGUUUAACAUUUUCCCAGUACCCUUUAUUCUGUGUGUGUUGGGGAUGGGGGAAUCCUAGAGAUUGCGUCUAGCACCUCUAGUGCAAAGCAAGCACUCUGCAACUGAGCUAGAUCCCCAGUAGCCCAUCCCCUAGCAUCCCAAGUGUGACCUUUGUCCUAGUUUCCCAAAGCAGACAGAGAACCUGGCUUCUGGCCUCAUGUUACAGUAGAAGAAGUUGAGGGAAGCCAGGGUUGACAGUGGAAGGCCUAUGAGAUCCUGUCUCGGUGCAGCUGACAUUUCCACAGGGAGGUCUGUGGCGGGCCAGCCUGACCCUCCCAGUCUCUAACCAGCUGGAACAACCUCAGUGGCCUCAGCCCUGAGGAGUGUAUUCUGUGGCAUUUAAGGCAAGUUUAAACUGAAAAAAAAAAAAGCCAGUGACACUUCUUUGGUUAAGUGGUUUACCCUUCGUGGUAAUUAGAUGCAGCGAUUGGAAUCUCUUUUUCUAUUACACGGCGAUUUUACUUUAAAUUUCCUCUUUAAAAAAAAAAAAAUGGGGAAGAAAAGGCAAGGAACGAGAGGCAGCAGGACCACAGGCAUUUGCAUUUUGCGAAUGAAGUUUCUGGUAGGCUCAGCUCAGGCGUGGGGCCCAACGUAUGGAAUGCUUAAGAGAUUACUAAGAAUAAAAUCUAUUAAUUAGUCAUACUCAAUUCCACAGACAUGACGUGAAUCAAAAGAUCCCUUUCUUCCCUCAUCUGCAUCCUCUUCCUGAGGAAGCCUCCAUCUUCCCUGAAAGGCCCCUGGCCUCCCUCCUCCUUAAAUUGGAGCCGUGCUGUGGCCCAGUGUGGGAGAUCCUGCCUUGGGGAGCAGGUGCUGGGACAGUACCCCUUCCUCAUCCUGGGCAAAGCUGAUAACCUUGGGAAGACAGCUGAGGCUAGGAGGAGUCCUUCCUGCCUUCCCUUCCUGGAGCCAGAAGCCCAUCCCUGUUCCAUGCAGUCAUGCCUCUCCUUCUCAGUGGGCAUGAGGUCUCUCAGGACCCCCUUCCCAGGGUUUCUAGUAGGCUAGCUGCCCAGCUCAGCCCCAGCAAGGAAGCCAGGAUCCUGUUAUGCAAAUGUAAAGCAUUGCCUUCCCUCUUUAAAAUGAGGGUGACUGGGGUCUUUUGUUUCACGAAGGCCCUGCAAGAGCAACCCCUCCAUGUUGAGUCUGGAAGGUUCUAAUGGCCUCAAGGCCAUGGGGGAACUGCUGCUGGGUAGCAAGGGCCAGUGUGGACUACGGAAGGGAUGGGCAGUGUGUCUGGAAUGGCCUCCUAGCCUGAACUUCCUCCCUUCACCGCCACUGGCAAGGGGAGUAAGUAAAGAGCCAUACUCAGGGCCCUUCCCACCCAGCCCCCCACAAGUGGCAGUUCAAGUCCCAAAGCUAGCCUUCUUCAGACAUCUGCUUUCUGCUGAACACACCAGGGAGGAGGCCGGGGCCUCAGAGCCUCUUCCUUAUGAAAAAUACAACAAGGAAAAUUGGAUGCAGCAGCUGGGGAGCCGUGCAGAGGCAGCAGGGAAGAGCUCCAGUGGGCAUGGCGGCCUGUGUCCCCCAAGACCCAGAUGACAUGUCACAGCCAGGGUCAGGGCUGCAAGGCCUCCCAGGAGCCACGUUCCAUACUCACUCAGACAGUGGCGCAGGUGACAACAGCUGAUGCCGAGGCUGGAUGGGUGCCAGGGUGAGCACUAACAAGCAAUUCACAGGCUUUCCAGAGAGCAGAGAGAGGAGGUAUUUUUUUUUUUUUUUGUAAGGAGGAUAAAAAGGCUCAAAAAUGCAAAUCAUUACCGUUUACAACCAAGCGAGUCUGCUAAAUUGAUUAGAAGAGAUUAAACUCCUUGGGGGUGAAGGAAAAGGGGGAUUUUUUUUGUGGGUUACGAACCUGCCCCAAGUGGCUGCCCACACAGCAGGCAUUUUCCGGGCCUGAAUGGGAGGGGUAGCAGUUGUUCCUGCCCUGAUCCCUGAGGAGCUGGCAUCUCUGAGGAUUGCUUGGAUUGGAGAGCUCUCACCAGGGCCACUGGGACAGGCAAAGUCAUGUUGCUGGGACAGGUCAUUCAACAGCUGUGCCAGUCCCUGGGCAGACUCUGAUCCUGUCAUCUAGGGUCAGCCUGCCUUGAGAGAUGGCAAGCCACAUCUGGAUCAGACUAAGCAGCCUGUGCCAUCAUGUAGAGAGUAAGACUCGGAGCUGGAAGAUGUCCUGCAUCCUUAUGCAGGAACCUGCUGCUCUCUGGGGCCAAAGGAAGAGUGAGGCCAGCUGUAAAGAGAAAACUGAAGGCCAGGAGAGACAAACGAAGGAAGCGGCCAGGGAGCUCUCUGUCUCACGAGGCAUCCAAGCAUUAUCAGAGGAUGUGAUCAACAGCUUUCCAGACUAAGGUCUAGGUCUUUGUCUUGAACAUUCUGGUUCCCAUGCUUGCUUUAUCACAACCCCCAGGACAGGACAUACAAAGACAUCUUUCCCCAGUCUGUGCUCAGGUGGGGUGGGGUGGGAAGGCAGGUUGACAGGACACAUGCUGGGUUCAGUACUCCAAGCCUCAGGAUGUUCCUGGACUUGUUCCCUCAAGCCCAGCUGCCUCACACCCAGGAGUAACCCAUAGUCUCAACACUGCCAGCCUGUCCAUCCAUCAGAGCCAGCGGACGGUGCCUGGGGCUCUGUUCAAACACUCACCAUGUUUUAGGCAUUUGCUGAUUCUUUUGAAGUGCUCCAGCUAUUUGUAUGAAAUAUCCACAUUUAUUCUUUAAGAACAACUGACAAAAAGAGUUCUUUUCCUCUCUUCCUAGACUUCAAUUUUUUUUUUUUUUCUGUUUCUCCACCCCAUCCCCACCAUGAUGUUUUGAGCCUGGCACUGAACCUCUGAUCCUCCAACACUACCUCCUUUGAUUUUUUUUUUUUUUGAGACAUAGCCUAGGUUG